GUCAAGUACCGGCGACAUUACUUUGGCAAAAUGACUGUACACAUUAACAUUAUCAUAAACGCCUAAUGAAAUAAUAGAAAACCAAAUAUACUGAUAACAAUACGCCUACGCAACGGUCAAUAGUAGUGUCCACCGUACAUUCCUUAUCUGACACAUGCAGACCGUUAUUACGUCGCCACCGUGGUGCAUCCUACGACAACAAGAAAAACAACUGACAGUAGCGCUAAUUACGAGAGUAUAUCCAGUUGGCUCUGAAUGUGCUCUAUAUUCACGUAACCAGACCACAAGGGUCGACAGUCGUUUGUCAGUGCUCACAUCCUACGUACCGCAACACAAAUAUACAGGGUGUUACUGUGGGAACCGAUAGUGAAGCUGUGGGAUCGUGGUAAUUAUAGUAGCUGCAGCACGGAAGAUGCGAGAGUAGUGACCUGGGGUCUGGAUGCUGCUGUUGACUGAGAUUGGAAGACUGUGACUGCAAGUCGGGACUGAAGCUGCUUCCGCCCAACGGCCAAGCACCGUACACGCGCUAGGAAAUGCCUUCGGAAAAUCUCAAACUGGAACCCGUUGGGGAAAAUAAAAAAAAUAUUGACGAGCAUUCGGGUCUUCUGGAUACAGGAGGGACGAACAGAAAUCAAAGCGAAGAAGACUACGACCCCCAUCUUCACAGAGAAGUUGAGAGUCCCACCACCAAUGCUGAAACACUCAUUCAUUUGCUCAAAGGAUGCCUGGGAACGGGAAUCCUGGCAAUGCCAGAAGCAUUCAAAUACUCCGGGAUGAUCAACGGAAUUAUAUCAACCUUGCUCAUAGGAUUUCUUUGUACAUACUGCCUUCACGUUUUAGUUAGAGCACAAUAUGUAAUAUGUAAGAAAAUGCGUGUAGCCUUGCUGACAUAUCCAGAAUCAAUGAAAGUGGCUUGUGAAAUAGGUCCAACGUGCCUUAGAGGAUUCGCUCCAUAUGCACCUUUGGUGACAGACUUCUUCCUGAUCUUCUACCAACUGGGCAUUUGCUGCGUGUACAUAGUCUUCGUGGGCGUCAACCUCCAGAACGUCGUGAACGCCUGCCUGGAGAAGAACAUCUCCCUGACGUGGUUUUUCCUGGCGAUCUUCGUACCGUUCCUGGCCAUCAUUUGCAUCAGGAACCUGAAGCUGUUGGCACCAUUUUCCGUCCUCGCUAACAUCAUCACUUUCGUUACGUUUGGUGUCGUCGGGUACUUCGUGUGCCAGGAUUUGCCUCCGUUCAGCAGCUUGCCUGCGUUUGGCACCUUGUUUAACUACCCGUUGUACUUUGGUACUACGUUGUUUUCACUUCAGGCUGUCGGUGUCGUAAUAGCUCUGGAAAAUAACAUGGCAACCCCGAAGAAGUUCCGAGGAGCAUUUGGUGUCCUUAACAUUGGAAUGGGAUUGGUGAUUGUCAUCUACGUAGGCAUGGCUAUGAUGGGUUACUGGAAAUACGGAGACCAGAUUCAACCAACUGUUACGUUGAAUUUUCCUCCAGAUGACAAGUUAGCUCAUGCCACGAAAAUCCUGUACUCGAUAGCUAUUUACAUUUCAUUCGGUCUGCAGGGAUAUGUUCCAGUGAAGAUUCUUUGGGACAACUACAUUGUGAAGAAGCUGAAGUCUGAUAGCAAGAAUAUGCUGUACGAAUAUAUGCUUAGAUUUGGCUGUGUUAUUUUGACCUUUAUUCUCGCUAUGACUGUUCCUCUACUUGGUCUGUUCAUCUCCCUGGUGGGAGCCUUCUGCCUCUCAGCCCUCGGCAUAGCCUUCCCAGCCAUCAUAGAGCUAUGCGCCUAUUGGCCAGACCGACUGGGUCCAGGAAAGAUCACCCUGUGGAAGGACAUCCUGCUUAUCAUCAUCGGUAUCGUAGGAUUGUGCGCGGGGAGCUACAGUUGUAUAUACAUGAUCAUCCAGGAACUGACUAAGUAGAACGCUACUGUGAUCUGUAGUAUAGAUUAAUGAGGAAUAUACAAUGUCAAAUAAGGUCCAAAAGCUGAAAAGUGGUCAAAAUCUAGUUUAACCGUACAACGAAAGUCAUCAUUUGUAAACAACACGACAGUUCUCCAACUGGAGCGGCACUGUGCGUUUAACGAGUCAACUUCCAGUCAAACGUAUCAAAGCAUUGAAGUCUUUACAUUCCAAUGCGGGGUAUCGCGUUAUUUGUCAUGUUGGAGACAUUGUAUCUUACCACUGUAAAACGUGGCGAGCUAACUAAAAAUGCAGUGUCAAAUUAACUGUGUGUUCCUUUAUGAAAAGGAAUAUUUACAAAAGUGUUUCUAGUGACGUAAUCGAAAUAAUAGAUCAUUACACAUAUAUAUUCGAAUGACGUUUCAAAAAAUAGAUACCUUUCAUAAAAACCUUUUUGAUGUAUUCAAGCAUAUGCUGGUGAACUAUACUUUACUAAGUUAAACAAAAGAAUGAAAGGAAGAUUUUUUUCUGGAUUUUGACCAACUUUUUAAUUUAUUAACGCGAGAAGUCAAAAUGCAUUAUUUUUUAUGAAAUAACUGCUAACAAAUUUAUAAAAUCAGAUGAUCAAUAAACAAAAAGGAGUGUUACAUGUCGAUUAUUAUAAAUUAUUUUUUGCUCCAAAUUUUAUUUAAAAAAAACACAUUCACAAUGCAAAUAUUAGUAUAUUACAUUAUAUGCGAUAUCUACGAAAUAUGCGGAUUCCACAUUUGUUUAUCCUUCAAAAAUGGAACUCGCACAACUAACAUACAAUAUUUAUGUAUUUUGACUUCUCAUACUUGAUAAGACGUGCCAGUUUCUAUCAUUACUUUUGCACAAAAUACUUGUUAUGCCAUACGCAUAGUAUAUAAGUAAGGACUAUGUUGAAAGAGUGCUUUUGUAUAUAAUUACACGAACAAUUAAUCAGGUGACUUCAACUAAUAUACAAAAAAAACACGAGCCUUAUUAAUCGCAUCAGCAAUCAUUCAUCAAAAAUCAGAAUACGACCAUCCCAAAAAGAGGUUGUGAUAGUGCUUGCAGAACUAUGAACUUGAAAGAAGACAAUCUCAGCUACGCUCACCUCACUUAGGUUUGUCCAGUUUAUUGUGAAUUAUUUUUACCAAAACGUAUUCUACCGGAAGAUAGCCAUAAUGCUACAUUCAAGCGACCAAAAAAUUAUCUAAGAUAAAAUGAGAUAUCGUAGCGUCAUCUAUGUGAAUUUCCAGCUGUUUGUCUAUUUACUAUUUACACUUUGAAAAAGUUUGUGUCAUAGAUGGCGCUGUAGUGACAUACAUGCUUGUAUAUGCAUUACAUAUCCUAAAUAGAGAAACAGCUGUCAAAAAUCGUCAUACUCUUUAUUUUUUUAUUUCACUUUGUGUUUGUGAUUAAAAAAUCUACAUAAUAAAUGCCGUUGGGCUAAAAACUGUUUGAGGGACCUGGGGUGAUAAAAAAAGACCACCUCUGUCCGCCAUUUCAAUUUGGCAUACGAUCCACCAAACACCCUGUAUGAUUUGUCGAAACUUGUUCAUAAUUCUGUAUGGAAAAUAUAGUACGCAAAGUAUCUCCUUACAUCCCGAACAAGUGUAUAUACACAAUUCUGAAAGGUCGUAUAUGGUCAUAAAAAUAAGUACAAUCAAUUUAGUUUGUAGGGGUAUGCGUAUUAGUUACACUGUAUACAUGUAUGAGCUACGUACGCGUUUAAGCUUAGAACCAGUGUUACACGAUUUUUUUAAUUUAUAUAGGUAGAGCAUUAUAUAAUAAAUAACAUUAAAACGAACUUUAAUCAUCAAAUCAGGAUUGUAGGUUAUUAGAUGUUUUAUAUCACGAAUUUUGACAAUUACAGUGAGCUUUAUUGUAAGCAUGCUUUAGCGUAAACUCAGUCAAGUUCAAAAGCAAAUUAUUUUUCUCUUAUGACACAAAAUAUUUUGUUACUGUAACCUGGUGUUUUCAUGUUGAUAGUCCUCCAUGUUUGUUCAAGUAAUUGAAAAAGGCCAUCGUGGUAGCAGAAACGCCCUGUCAAUAACCAGUAAUUCAAACAUAUGUGGCUUCAUUUAGCCACCAGACAAACAAGGAGGAUUAACAUAUUUUGGAUAAUUUUUAAUGGGUAAUUAUUGAUAAUUCUUCCAGUUCAAACAAAACUUUAUGGAGCAAGUAUCAUCACUCGUCGAAUUUGAAAUAUUGAUAAUUUUAUUGUAAAUAUAACAUAUACUAUCACACAUUAUACUCAUGGUAGGAGAGCCCAAUGGGGGAUUUUGGGGAUUUACUCGAGUGGGCAGAUCAACAUAAGGACAGAUACCUUGCAACCUGUUUAGUACCAGCAUCAUAUAUAAGCCAUUUAUAUAGGGGGUAGGUAUCAGGCUGCCGAUCAGAAUAGAAAAAAAUGAUUGUUAGAAAUGCAUGUACGAGUCAGGCUAAGAUGAGUUGGGUAAAUUGCAUGCUAAAAAGUGUGAUUUUCAAUAGUCUGACGAUUUGAGUGUGGCGUAAAGGAGUGGGAGUGUCACAAACUUACAAAAAGAAACUUUAUGAAAAACGAAGAUAACAACAUGCAGUCUUCGCCAGUUUUCAAUAAAUUUCUGAAGAAAAAUAAUACCAGUGCACCUGAGGUUUUCGAAAAAAACGGCAUUGCUAAUAUUGAGGUUAGAGUUACGCCCUCUAGGGGCCACUUUAGGAAGCUGAAAAUAAUUUUCAGCAUUUUCUCUUUUGUUAUAACUGACUGGUACAAACCGACAGAUUAUCAUACCCGACGCGCUUGUGUAUUUCUAUGACAACUAUUUUGUUACACUUUUGAAAAUCUGCAUCAACCCACCCCCUCCACCUCUAAAAUGUUGUACACCAUACAGCCUUUUUUCUUUCUGCGAUCUAAUUUUUCAAAGUCCAAUAGGUCCUCACGACGCUCGAGUAACUGGCCAUUUAUUUAGCCUCUUGGGCUCCCCUAUUAUUAUGACCAUCUGGGAAAAUAGUACCUGCUACGAAUAUACAGGGUGUUUGGUACAUGCGAUUGGGGAGGCUAUUUGAUGAUUUUUGAAGGUUUGAUGGUUACCGGGAUAUGAUCGUUUUGCGUUUUUUUUGCUGGGUUACCUACAAUUGCGCAUAAAUAUCGUUAUCACUUUUUGACACAAAAUAAACCUAGCUUCACUUACAAAACAUAUGUGAUUUAUUGCCUUUCCAAAGAUAUGCUACACAUCAUAGAAAUGAUGUCUUGUGCGGUCAAAAAUAGAGAAAACAGUUGGUCGGGCUAUUGAUCUUUUUAUACGAUUUUUCCAGUUUGUAUUCAAUUUGAAUCAGUGACAAACUCCUCGAACUGCCUACCCCCCGAUUUUCAUCAAAAAUCAUCAAAUAGCGUCCCCAAUCGCUGUUGGUCCAUGUACCAAACACCCUGUAUAGAACUAAAAAUACUCAUGUUCAUUGGAGCACUUUAGAGCAUUAGAAUCUUGUAUAGACUGCACUGAUACAUUAGAUAUUUUUUGAGCUGGACAAGCAGUGUAUGAUCGCUUACUAUGUUAUAUGUUAUCCUAAUUAAAUAUAACUACUACAUCUUUAAUACUAUGUCAUUCAAUUAACCUCAACGACGCUUGUAAUUUUUCUCAUAAAUAGGAAAAAUAGUUUUUGUUAAGAUGGGGUAAAUAACAGAAUGUGAAACAAGAUAUAUUCAUAUUUCUGGUUCAUUGUAUCUACUUUGAUUUUACGUUAUUAUUUCAAUUCCUCUUUAUAUUGUGACUUGAAGUUGUUGACAC